CAUUUUCAAUUUCAACACAAUUUCGUUGAAUUUCACCAAAAAAAAUUAUUGUAUCCACUUUUGAUUUGCGGUUUAUUUCGUUUGCUAAUCGAACCCAAAUUUCUGAUUUGAAGCAAAAUUAUUGAAAAAGAAAAAUGAAGACACCAACAACUAGACAAUGGCUAUCUCUCAAACAGAAAAAAUGUUGCGUCGUUAUUUUGACCCUCAUAUCGAUUCUAUGGAAAUUAAUUGAAUUGAUCAUGGUCAUUUCAAAUAAAAAUAAAGCUGAUUAUUUGAUAAUCAAAGUUAAUCACCAAUCGACAUGGAAUAUUGAUCUAUUCUCUUUCAUUUGGUUGGGUUUCAUUUUGGUAACUGUCUUUUCAUCGAUCGGUUUGUUUGGUACUAUAAUGGAGAUCUAUUGUCUAUCAAUCACUUAUUCCAUAUACAGUUGCAUAAAGAUGAUAUCGUAUUUUGUGGCAAUAUUUUUUGUUCCAAUUUAUUCGAUACUUUUCAUAAUUUAUUUAGCCCUUUUCAUAACAUUAAUUUUUAUUAUAAUGGAUUUAAACCAAAAAAAUCGUACAACUAAUAAUGAUUUAACAAACAAAAAUUCAAUAACAAAUUCAUCUUUUCCUGUUUUCUAAACGAAAAUAUCAUGUCUUUUCCAUAAAACAAGACUCUGUCUAAUUGAAAUAAUAUUCUAAUAACGAUCGUGAUUCAAAUGGAUUAAACAAUUCAAAACUCAUUUGAAAGCUGUUACGAAAUUGGAAAAAAUCAAACAAUCGAACAGCGCCAUCAAUACGUCGAAAAAUGAAUCAUUGUUUAAAAAUUAACC